AUGGUGCUGGAAAGCCGAUUAGCGGAACUCUUGCAAGGGCAAGCCAAGAAGUUCAUCAAUGGCUUCAAUGCCGAGCACUUGAAUCUAGGCUUAUUGAGCGGCUUCUUGGAGCUUCGAAAUCUAGCCCUGAACCCUGAGCCCAUUGAUGAGCUCCUGCUGGGGAGCGAUUUGCCAUUCGUGGUCAAGGCAGGAACCCUCUCCUCUGCCAUGCUUCAACUGUCGUUGAUGCAAGGAGAGCUGGAGAUUGUGGUUGAUGGGUUAACCUUGGUGAUGGCACCUGCCUGCAAGUGGCUCACCAGAGAGGAGGUUUAUCAGCAUCGAACGAAUGAGAUGGAACGCUUGGAGUUCGUCCACAUGCGAAGUCAGUCUCAGAGAAGAAGUUUAGAACGAGAGAUGUUUCGAAAGCUAUUCUCCGACUACCUCUCCAGGAUCAAGAUCACCGUGAAGAAUGUCCAUGUGCGUGUGGAAAUUGAAGGCGAGAAGUGCCAGAUGCGCGAGACAGGACAUCCGCUGUCACUUGGAUUGGUGAUGAACAGCUGUGACAUUGUUCCGGUGGUCGAGACUGAGAAGGGCGGUGGCGGUGCCGCCGGCGGUGCGCGGGAGUCGGAGUUCCUGCUGGCAGAGACGAUGCAGCUGAAAGGAUUGAUGUUGUACGAAGAAGGUCUCUCGAAGACCUUGGUACCUUGGAGCCUUUACCAAUCCACGCGCACCUGUGAGUUGGGGAUCUUCCAGAAGAUGUCUCAAGAUGAGUUUGUGCGGACCAUGAACCAGACCCGAGAAGCUCAUGGAGCGGUGCCUGCUGGUCAGUUGCUCUUGCCGCCGACGGAUGUCUCGAUCAAAGUGGAUCUGAAGUCCCAGGCGCUCUUCACCGAUUGCCACGUGGAAAACUGCCUCACGCUCGAGAUGGUGGUUUGCUUGCAGAAUCCUUCUCGUCUACGUGUCACAGCCAGCAUUGUCGAAGGCAUGCGCUGGCUCGUGAGACGAACCUUCGACUUUCAGAUGUGGCCCUUUCUGCACGCACUGCAUGGCAAACCUGCCAAUGGUCUUGGGCGGUGGCAUGUUCUACGGAGCUUUCUGGCGCUGAAGCGUCGCAUUCAAUCGAACACCUACAGCCUACCCGAUGCGCUCCGAAUGAGGAUCCACUGCAAGGAAUACAUCCGGCUCUACAAGAAAAAAUUCAAUGGCCCGCAGAGCAGUUUCCACUGGAGACGCUCCUUGCCACCACUUACUGCAGAGGAUGCCACUCGCUUGGGCCUCAUCGAACUCACAUACCCUGCGGAGAAGUUGGUGAACUUCAGGUUGAUGGCGCAGACCGAGAUGAAGACUGAGACUUCCAUCAACUCCUUUGCAGAGGAAGGUGCCCUCGGCGACUUCAAGAGGAGCCCAAGGCGAGCAAGCCUCCCAACGGUGAGAGAAUUGACACCGAUGGAGCAACUGCACCUGCAUGGACAGCAUGGCUUUGGCACCAACAUUUUCCGUGGUUUGCCUCCGCCACCCUCCAACUUGAAGGUGCGGAUCGAUCUCGUGGCACCUCUGGGGCUUUGGUGGGUGUGCAAGUUAGGCGCUGCAGGCGACGAGGGCUCUUGGGCAGUCUCCCUGGACUCUGGAAGGCAACCUGUGCGCCUGCUGCUGGUGGAUAGCAUUUCCGACAACAGCGUCUUCGCCACCUGUGAAGUGCCCCGGCGCGCUGAAAGCCGCCCCGCCGCGGUGCUCCUCGCACGGAGCGAGGCAGCUUUCCAGCGAGUGCUUGAGCGUGCACCGAACCAAUUAGGACACGCGGGUCUUCAGGUGGUCGUCGAUGCUCGAGUUCCAUGGAGAUCUGUGCUGCUGGGGCCAAGUGAAGACGCUGCCAAUGGCUGCGUCACACAGUACGCCUGUCCUUGGGAUUUUUUUGGCAGCUUCAGCUGUGGUCAAUCAAGCUCCACGCCCAACGACACCAGCUUUGGCAGGGUCACGCCCUUGGAUGAGCUUCUGGCCAAGUUCCCCCGCAUGCAUGGGAGCAUGCUGCAAAGCGCAAGUAGCACAGCAGGACAGCAGGAGCCCUUCUUGCGGAUGAACCUGCCCCUGCGGCUCACCAGUGGUCAGGAUGGGCCCUUCUUGGAGCUCCUACGGUGGUGCUUAGCGACACCCGAGGGAAGAGGUGGUGCCAACUCUCAAUCCAUGUUGUCUGGUUUGGCCAUGCUGGUCCGAAGCGGCUACGACUUGGCGGCCUUGAGACUCCACGUCUCCUUGCCCAAAGUGUUUCUGCAAGGCGUGAACUGCCACGAGACCCCACUGCAGUUGCCACCCUUCGACGCCGCAUGCCAUCUGGAGAACGGUGGCCUGGUCGAUGGCUUCGUGGUUGGCCUUCACAAUCUCUACAACUUUGCCAAUCUGGUGGCGUCCAUGCCAGAUGUGAAGCGGCCCAAGGCGGCCAACGUGGUGCCCGCCUCCAACGCGCGGCGACAGAUGUCCAACGUCCAGCCUGUCUCUUUGCACUUCCUGGAGCAGGCGCCUCCGUUGCUGUUGGCCUUGGGCGCCCUCUUGGCCGCCAGCGCCGUCGUGUUGGCAGGUGGCCGCAAGAGCUGCAUGGCCUCGAAAUGUGGCGAAGGACAUGAGCUGGUGAAAUUGGCCACGGAGAAUGGUCUCUUUGGGGUUGCCGCUGGGCGAACAACAGGGGAACCCACGCUGGCCGGCAUCACGUUGAUCCCAACGCUGCCGGGAGCCGGAAGUUGCUGUGUUGAGAGGCUGCGGUUUUGGUUGAGCCUUUUUAAGCUUGAUCUCUCCGAGAAGUGGAUGUAA